GCAUUCACGAUCAAGAGCACGUUGGUUCGAACCCCCUUUUGAAAAUCAGUGGUUCUCUUGCGAUCUGCGGCAGAUGCACUGAGAUCUACGGUUGAAUAAUGUCUUCAAGAGAACAUACCACCUCUUCUCUUGAUGACAGCCUGACAAACAUACAGUGGCUUUGUAAACUGGAAUCCAAUCCACUGUUGGAAACAGAACAGAAGAACGGCACUGGGGAGCCAACAUGUAUGAAUCCUUACCCAAAGCCUCCAUUCUCUUACGCUACCCUCAUAUUACUGGCUAUUAACAGCACCUCAGAAAAGCGCAUGACACUGCAGGACAUAUACAAAUGGAUAGAGGACAAUUUCCCUUAUUACAAAAACUGCAAAAAAGCAUGGAAGAAUUCCAUCCGUCAUAACUUAUCACUUCACAGCUAUUUCCUCAAGGCCCAAAGGCCAUCUAAUCUUCCUGGAAAAGGAAGUUACUGGUCCAUAUCACCAGAAGGGAAAGAGAACAUCAUGAAAGAAGUCAUGAAGCAUCAGCAGCCACUUAUCAACCAAGAUAUGACCUUAGAGCAAUCAAACACAAGGGGACUGCGACCAAUACUGCCCAAACCAUCAGAGGAUCAACUCGUUGCUAGCACUUUAUUGAACAAGGGUGGUGUUCAAAUUUUAACAGAUGGAAGUGUUAAUGGAUUACCUGGUAGUAUUCCAGUAGUGAUUUUACCAACCCAGCUUUACAUGAAUAUGUUUAGCAAAAUUGCUUCUCAAGCUGCUACAGGAAGUACCACAGCAGUUGGAGUAAGUCCUACUCUCGUGCCCAUGACAACAGAAACUCAAAGUACUGUAAACCCUGGGUUUGCCCAGCUAGUUCCUGAAUCUGAAGAACUUGGACAAGAUAGUGAAACAAUCCUCUCAGAAAUAGCCAUUACAGAGGAGGAGAUAGGAUCAGGAUGUUCAACAUCAGUGACUCAGAUAUCACAAGAAAACUGUGAAAACAAUUCUGCAACUAUGACAGUGGAACAAGCCCUAUGUAAGAUUGAAAAGAGGGAAAAUGAAAAUUCUUCUGAAAGGUUUAUAAAUAGUGCACCAAUCAUCAGUAGGGAGACCUGUGAGAGCCCUAAUAUAGUUGAUAUUAAAACUGAGAAAAAUGAAAUUUUAGCCCUACACAUCAAGAAGACUAAAACAGACAAACGUAAAAGCAAACCUUACAGUAAGAAUCAAACAUCUUCAUGUGUGCAAAGAAAGCAAGAUUUAAAACAAUCCAAGCGCUCACCACUUCGGCCCUGCCCCCAGCUCACCUUGGCUGCCAUCAAUUCACAAGCUAAUGAAAUGUCAUCACCAGGACACAUCUUUAGCAAACACAAUAACAGUGAAUUCAAUUGUAUAUCACCUUUAAAACCACUGAUCACACCUACGAAAAACCUUGAAAACCAGAGCUUCCUGACCUCCUUGCUAGUUUCACCUCUUGGUUAUAACAACAGUGGUCACACAGGCUUUACAUCCUUGCAAUUUUCUUCAGACAGUGGAUUCUUCUCACCAUUCCAGGAAGGGACAGUGGAUUAUGGAUUUUUAUUGUCCCCUGAGAGGUUUGGAAACAGUAGGGUUUGUAGUACACCACAGAGCUGUCGUAAAUCUUUGGGGCUUGGUUUGACUUGCAAAAAUCAGGGAAAGAAAGCUGAUGAGUAUGAUGCUGAUUUUGCAAGACUUUGAGGUUUAGCUUUAUCUAGUAUGAAAUAACAAAUUUAUUAAAUUGUUAAAUUCUAAUAGAGGCUAAUUUUCCCCUGACAAAACUAACCAUUUAGAUUGCAAUAGUUAGAAAGAUGAAUAACAUUACAGCUUUAAAAGUCAGUGAUACAGCAGACUGUAAUUUGUUUUUUGUGUUCUAACACUCAGUUAUUGCUUCCUUUUUUCAGUGUUUAAGUUUUUUUCUGAUCAUUAUUACUAUCAUUAUAAAUCAUACUGUAAUACUUUUCAGUAACAUAAUAUUACUUACAGGAUCAUUUUAGCUAGACUCAAUUUGAAUUAACAAUUGGUUCAUAUGUCAGCGUGCGUUCAUCGAGAUAUGAAGCACGCGGGAAGUUUGGAGAGUAUGAAAGAUGCGUAAGAGUUGCUCAAGGCAUAGCCGAGAGCAACUCUAGCUUCCUGAGUGCUCUCCAAACUUCCCAAGUGCUUCAUAUCUUGAUGAACGCACAGCUGAUGUAUGAACCAAUUGUUUUAUAACAUUUUCAACCCAAUGGAAAAUUUUUUUCACAAGGGAUUUGUUUGCUGACAUCAUGAGCGCGCACAAUAGGAAUAUGAAGCACGCUCGCGCAAUUGAAUUUGAUUAGACAAAUUUACUAGCUAUGUUAUAACUCUUGUUAAUAAUCUUUACGUGCCAUAGUAAAACUAAAACAAGGUAAAAGUUUGUCUUGGAGAAAAAUAAAAACUCACUAACAUGUUUUCCCAGCUAAAUGCAACUGAAAACAAUCAAAAAUAGGUUAAAACAAAGAAAAAUUAGUAUAUAGAAUUUUUCAAUAGUUUCUGUGUUGUCAAUACUCUUUUGUACCCAAAUAAUGUAAUGUAAUUUUCUAACUGCAAUACAGGACGGGUAAAGCAAAAUUACAUUUAUUAUAUCAAGUUUU